GAAUGAAUUCUUCAAAUGUAAGACCCUUUCUCUCGAACAAAACUGUAGCUAUAUAUAAAGUGCAAUAGCAAGUCGCGCGCUUAGUUCAAUGUUACGCCUCUCUGUUCGCCAUGAGAUUUGUCCUGAUAUUAGGUAAAACGCGUGAUAUACUCAUUAUGUAGUGGAUUUGCCGGGCUUUCGAAUACAUUUGUAGUUCUGUUGUGUGAUAGUUUGUGUGUCGUGAUGUCAUUAGACCCCUCAGAAGAUUGUUCCAAGUGGAUUAAUAUCAGUUCUCAGUGGUCAAAUUGAUUAGAUUCAUCCAAUGAUUGCGUUUCUGGAAGCGCUAUCAAAAUGUGGAGCAGCGAGGAUACCCGGUGGAAGUGGGAGGGUUUAUAUCGAGUCUCCUCGUUCAAGAUUUCUACUCCCAGGCCACGAAGCAUCUGAAGACUAUUUACCAGAACCCCAAUAUCAAAAAGCUGCCAGACGUUCGGAUGGGCUGCAGACAUAUCAGCCGCACUCGGAAGAGGCAGAGGCGGAGGCAGAGCAGGUGCAAAACUAUCCUUCUUAUGAAUAUGAGAGAAGGGUGCAAGGUACCAGCACGGUAAAGCAGCGCCAGGUGACAGUGAAGAAACCGGCAUUCGUUGAGCAGUAUCUGAAGGAAGUAACGCCAACCACAAGCUCGUUUGCUGCAAAAGUGGACAUCAAUACAAGAGCAAGAAACAAGCCACCUGUAAAUGCAGCCACGGGUUACCCAGAACAAGCCGAUGAAAGCAUCCAAAGACAAUCCACAUAUCAGUAUCUGCUGCCUCGGGUACAACAUCGCAAACAGGAAGUCGAGCCACAUUUCCAAUUCGAGCUAGAGGAACCAAGAGCAGAGCAAGCUUCAGUAUACGUUCCUCCAAAAUACCAAAACGAGCAGAUUACACACGAUGGAGUGGAUACUUCAUCUCCACGAUCACUCAUCCACGUUACCCAAUCAGUACCAAAAAAACACAUCAGGAAGGUUGUCAAACCCAAACAGUCGCCGGCUGACGAAGAUAUUGAUUACUAUUCCAGGUUACAAGAGUUACAGCAGCUGCAACAAAAGCACGCAAAAGCCCAUUCUCAUGCGUACGAGUCCGAUAAAGGUGAUGUUUCACCUCAUUUUCAUCCAGAAGAAAAUACGAAGAUAGUAGCUGCGGAUCCACCACCAGCUUACGUGCAACAUUUAGCGCAAUAUCAGCAGGAUCAAUUGAAACAGCAUCCGGCACCAGUGAAGUACCAGGCAAAACUGGCAUUCACCAGACAUCCGAUCGAAAGCGCACCGCAGGAGUCUCACGAUUCUGGAUUUUACUAUCACCAACAACCAGACUACCAGAAGACUGCCAGUAGAGAAGGAAAAAGGGCGCAUAUAAAAUAUCAGCCUACGUCCCAGAGGUUGCCAGAUGGUUUGGAGUACACACAACCGGAACAAACGUACGAAAGUUUUCAAAAAGCUCCCGCUCGACAGUACCAUCCAUCGAAACCAGUGGCACCGCCAAGAUACGGGUACCUCCCGCGAGCACCGACUCUGAUAUAUCCUGACCAGCGGAAGCGCGAAAAUGAGGGCGCAGACGAAGGUGACGGUGACGGCGAGCACGAGAACCAAUACCGGGGCCCCAUGUAUUUGCCGAACGCGAAAACGGCUGAAGAGGAGAAGUACCAACCGGCGGCGUUUUCGAAAUCGAAAACCAUCCGAUUCCAAAAAGGGAACGGCCAGCAAUUGGAGUACGAACAAGUGAAUUUGCCAGUGGAGCAGCAACAGGCGCUCGCCAGAUACGAAAUGGUCGCAGCUCGGUUGCAACAAGCUACAAAACAGGCGAACGCCAACAUACCUAAACAUCACUUUGCUCAACAGGAACCGAGGUACGUCCAUCUCAAAUACUUACCUGCGGCAAUAUAUCAGCAUGAAGCAAAACAGUCCAGCAAAUAUCGGGAACGGGAAGGAGAGCCACAAUAUCAGCAGCAGGAUUCAGCCGACAGGGGACACCAAUAUAGGCAACCAGAUACCAUCGACUACCAAUCGCAUCGUCAUAACAAUCAGAGGCCUACUUACGCACAAUAUGAUAAUCAGUAUGAGUAAAUAACUGUACCUCAAAAAAGAUAAUAGAACAUUACGUACCUUGGUUGAAAAGUAAACUACUAUUGACCCAACAUAGAGGUGUCCAUUAUUUCAUUAUUAUGCUAAAUACUUCCAACUGAAUUUUGAAUUAUCAAAAUUGCAAGAUGAAAUUAGCGGAUUACAUUUUCUUAAAAAAAUAUAGUCCGUAUAAUAAUGACCUCUCAGGUUCGUAUUGAAAAAAUACAAAGAGGACUUGAUUCAUGGUGAUAUAUAGGAAAAUAGGUCCCGGUUCUUUCUUAUAAGAAAAUACAGGGUGUCCGCAAAGUUGGGGUUUUCCUUUUCAAGCACAACCACGCUUGACAUAACAAAGCUACCGUGUGGUGAAACGUGAGCGAACAAGUAAAAAAAAUAAAUGAAAAAAUACUCGCUGCUCAGUUGAAUUGAAAUUCUAAGUACGGCUCUGUCGUAAAAUCCGUAUUUACAUCGUAGUGAUACAUCGUAUAACUGUCCGCUGGCGCUGUGGACGUGAUCGAGGGAUAGGACAGGAUCGGCUUCGGUUUGGUACAGGUUUGAUUGAGUUUUCGGAGCCCAAUAUCUCGGUUCUCUUAAGACAUUGGUCUAUAUGCUACUAAAAAAAUCCGCUUUUCUUCUCAAGAUCUGCAUGUCGUUUAAAGGAAAACCCCAACUUGCUGACACCCUUAAUGAUGGUUCCUAUGCAUUUAUUGUCAUGCCACAAAAGAGUAUACAUACAUUGAAAUGUUCCAUUCCCCUAGGUACCUACUUAUUUGUGAACGGCUGAAGCAAGAUUAAAAAUAACAUUUGAAAAUUUCAUUAAAGAGUCUGGGCGCCAUUUUGGAACAUUUUUAAACAGAAUGAGGGACGUGCUAUACCUCAUUUUGAAGCUUCUUACUAAUACUUUUCAACUCUAGAAUACAAACUCUUUCUUGAGUUGAGCGUUUUUGAAUAUCGAAUCGCUGAUAACUCGACAAGUAAUCAUCAAAGCGUUAUAGUACGCAUGUCAUAUUAAUCUUCUCCGUUUAGAAGGUGCAAUAAAAUAUGAGAGAAUAAUAAAGUUCGCAAAUUCUGACAUUUUUCCAAUGUAGCGUAUACAGGGUGGGUGACUUUGAAGUUGAGUCAUUAAUUUUCAGAUAAUCAUUGUAGAAGGAAGAUAAACCAAAAUAUGUGUGUAAAAAUAAAAAAAAAAUUUAAAAAAAAUUUUACAUUGUCAUAAAGUAUUUCAGUGCGGACCUGUAUUUGAUCGUGCGGUCUUGGAGCACCGGCAUGCCCUCCCCUGUGAGGUCUUACGUCACCUGAUUCACGAGCCCUUUGUACUACAUUAACAAAGGCACGAGGGGUUGGUUGCACUCGAUUGGGAAACCGAUCCGCAUAAAUCCGUGAUGCCGCGGCAGCAUUUUGUAAAGACUCCCCCCCGUAAAUAAGAAUCAUGUCCACAAGUUCAGUAUGUGCCAUUUUUUAUUUCGUUUGAGCCAUGCAACAAACACCACUAUUCACUCACGCGUUACCGACUGACACAUUGACUGAAUACAACUGAAUAAAAUUGUAGUAAAAACAUCGUGAUAAGCGUUUCAAAUUCUUUCGCUUUUUUGUUUCUGAUGCGAUGAACCGAUAAGGCGGAUUAUAUCCGUUGUUGCCAAACACGAGCACAUAAUAUUAUUAUUGAGACAGGGCGGUACUCAAACUUCUAAAGGGCUAUAACUUUGUUACUUUAAUUUUACCAGAAAAACGUUAAAGGAAAAAACAUUUCUUUUGAUCAGAUCUACUCACUGUUAAAAUAAAUGACUCUACUUCGAAGUCACCCUGUAUGUAGAUAGAUUCUUCCACGAGAUUGAUAUGACUAUAUACUAUUACUAUAGCGUCUUGAUUACUUUCAACUUUCACAGCGUGCCAGUCCGCCAAUUUGAGUGAGUAAUUGUAUAUCCUAUAAGAUGGAUAAACCUAAGGCCUCUUCAAAAUGAAGAAUCACAUGACCUCCCAUUCGAUUUAAAAAAAAAUGCUCCAAGAUGAUAAUUGGCCGCUUUGGAAUUUUCAACUGCCACUUUUACGCCAAAUCAAACCAGACCUCAGUUCACUAACUUGACCCGUCCAAGGGACGCUGAAAAACACUGUAUACGUAUAAUGUGAAUACCUACUUUAAUAAAGUUUUUACUUUUUUAUGCA